AUGUCGGAAUACGGAAAUAUUCCAUACCCAAUAAAAGAUCUUGAUAGCUUCACGUUAUCCGAGGAGACAAGGCCAACUUAUGAUAAGUUAAAUACGCAACAGGGGAAGGUAAACCUUCAACACAAUAGCGCUGGGCAAAUCAAGUCGGAUAAAACACUGCCGAAACUGAGCAAUUUGAAAGACAAAUUCAAGAUAAGGAAUAAUAAAUAUCUACGAAGUGCUUCUUCACCGGAGAAAGAAGAACGAGAUAAACAGCAAAAUACAAUUGUUAUAGUGACUGAUGAUGAAGAACCGGAGAAACAAACUGUGCAACAAGACAUUUACCAGGAGUAUAUACCGAGCCGAAUUCAUACCACCGGGCGCGAAAGUUCCAAGCACAGGAAAAUUAAGUUAACCAAUCGAAGAUCUGCCAAUCCUCAGAGACAAUCUGAAUCAAUAGGGACAAUUGUUACUCAAUCAACUCCAAUUCCAGUAUCAAGCAACAUCGAUCAACCUUCGAUAUUAAACACAUUUAGUAGCAGUCUCAAAUCUGUAUUUGAUUAUGUGGAUACUGUCAUUGAUGUAAGGUUCCCAUUGCUGAUAUCAUAUCGAAGGCACGUAAAAAUCAUGUUAAUUGUAAUAUUUAUACUUCAGGUCAACUGGUAUAUCGAGCUACUCAUCAUUUUGAUUGCAAGAAGUGUAUAUCAAUGA